CGCUAUAAAGCAGCUAAAGACGAGAUUGCAGCCGGCACACCGGAGCACACGGACCCAACAGGAGCGCGAGGAGCCAACUCAACAAAGAAAAGAAACACUACGGGAGGCAGAGCACAGAGAAGGAAAAAGGAGGGUGAGAAAGAGUCAGAGAGAGACAGAGGACAGAGGAAAGAGGGAAGCACCAGAGGUCCUUUCGCCAGCCUUCCGGACUCAACCUCCAAGCAGACAUGCCUAACUUCGCCGGCACCUGGAAGAUGAAGAAGAGUGAGAAUUUCGAUGAACUUCUCAAAGCUUUGGGAGUCAACACCAUGCUGAGGAAAGUGGCGGUGGCGGCGGCCUCCAACCCCCACGUGGAAAUCCGCCAGGACGGCGACAAGUUCUACAUCAAGACGUCCACCACCGUGCGCACCACCGAGAUCAACUUCCACAUCGGGGAAGAGUACGACGAGGAGACCGUGGACGGGCGAAAGUGCAAGAGCCUCGCCACCUGGAUCUCAGAGAACAAGAAGCACUGGAAGCAGACUCUGGUGGACGGAGACGGCCCCCAAAACUUUUGGACCCGAGAGCUCAACGGCGAUGAGCUCAUACUGACCUUCGGGGCAGACGACGUCCUGUGCACAAGGAUUUACGUCCGGGAAUAAAGCCGCGGGACCUCCGCCAGGACAGAAGGACCACAAGAACCCGUUAAACUCCACCUACACUCCGUCAUGCUAACACGCGCUUGCAAAGUGUCCAGUGUAACCUCCCCGCAUCCGGCUUGCAUUGUCUCCCCAAGCCACAGCAACGUCUCUGUAGUCUGGUCCUUCGUAGUGAGUGUUGUGUGUCUGCAGUUCAGUAGCUGGAUAUCUCAGUGUCCAUAUUGUAGGAUAUUAGAAAUAAACUGAUGACCUGGUUCAUAAAUAAAUACAAUGCAUCUAGUGUACACCAGAAUACAGCCAUGAUUCUGGAGCUGUGUAAUCAAAACUGUAAUGACAAUUUUGUAAAACACUAAUUUUGAAACUGUAAUGAAUAGAAUAAUACCAAUGCACAGCUAUGAUUGUAUUUAAUGCAAUGUAAUCAACUGAAAUGCAUGCAUGUAAUACUUGAUAGGACCACAACUGAUAUUGACUAAGGGUCAUUCGAAAUCAGAUUUACAUUGAACUCACCAGAAGACCACUCCCAGAGGAGUGGACACUAACUUUCACACCUUUUUGGAUCGGUAUAAAUACCUGUAGCCAACCAUUGUUCUGGAGUUCGCUGGAGGAGGUGACAGACGGGCACUAUGGGGGGUCAAUGAGCCCUGUGGCCUGUUGAUUACAGAGACCAGCGGCUCCUCAGCUGAGAUGUUCGUUUUAACACAACACCAUCUCUUUUAUUAAAUACUUUUGAUUUUAACCUUUUGAUCCGCGAUGUCCUUUGUCCGUUCGGCAUUUAUUCAUUUUGAACACAAUAAUAUCUGCAAUGUCAGCUGUGUACGUAGGAUUUAGUCAUCAGUUUGCAUUGAGUAUUCAUGUUGGAAACAAUAAAAACAAGGAACAAACAACA